AUGUUCUUUCUGUGGUUCUUUUUCAUGCUCGCAGCGGCCGCUGUCGCUCGUGCACAAACGUUGGAAGAAGUCCUCACCGCGCACAGCGAUACGCUUUCCAUGAUGCUUAUGUGGCUCGCGUCGCAAGAGUUCAUCUUCGAGUGCUUGAGCGAGGCGAAGGGCAUCACCCUACUCGCGCCCAGCAACACUGCACUCGCUCGACUCUUCGGCACAUCGCUGCCGGCCCGUCUUGCAUCGGAUAUGAAUCUACUAACUGCCUUCGUGAACUACCAUAUACUCGAUGGAGUCUAUCACAUGGCGGACUUUGUUAGCGCUCGCACGACCUCGGCCCCGACAUUCCUCAGCAUCCCGGCCUAUUCCAACAUGAGUGAGGUCCAAGUCAUCCAAGAGCGGUCCGAGAACGGCACCCUCACCUUCUUCACCGGCGGCGGUGCCCAGUCCAUCGACUUGGACUUUACCGGCGGCACGUUACACGUCAUCGACUCGGUGUUGAUGGUCCCGGGCCGCGUGACUGACACCCUGGUGGUAGCUGGAUACACCGCGGCCGUCGGAGCAUUGCGUCUGGCUAACAUCGAUGGGCCGCUCGACGCCUUGUCGAACAUGACCGUGUUCGUGCCCAACAACGAGGCAUUCAUCGCCAUCGGAAGUGCCAUCAGCUACAUGACUAUCGAGCAGCUGACCAUUGUGCUCAACUACCACUUCGUGCGCGGCAGGGUCCUGCGCAGCCAGCUGAUCACCACUGGCACCCAGCGGAGCGCCCAGGGCGCCGUCCUCAACUUCCGCGUUGAGAACGGUGCGCUGUUCGUCAAUAGCGCCCGUGUCAUCGCCACCGAUCUGCUCGUUAAGAACGGCGUCGUCCAUAUCCUCGAUGGCGUGCUCAAUCCCGCCAACGCGACCGCUACGCCAGACCCGAACGCUGCCACCCAGGCACCGGCUUUCAACGGCCUUACCACCACAACCUGUGGUGUGUCCUUCACCGCGCCAGUCGUCCCCACGACUACGGUCUCGACCAACGCGGUUCCGACGGCGACCGCCUCCUCGCCUACUACGCCUACCCCGACACUUGUCCGGGGAGACGCAGCCCAGGCGAGGAGAGCUCUGGGCGUGACCGUUGUGUGUGGCCUCGCCCAGUAUGACCACUACGUGUAA